AUGAAUGGCUCCGCCCAAAUGAGGAGAGCAAAUGAGGAGGCGCAAUGCUCCGCACCGUCUCAACUCACUGAAAUGGCUCGGAAACUUGACUCGCCAUUAUCAAGGAGGCAAAACAGCGGCUAUUCUAACUGAAAUUGAGAGGUGCCUCCUGCACCGGAAAAGACCGAGACUCGGUCCCCAGAUCACCGCAGCCAAAACCUUCCGGGUCUGGUGCACAGGAAACCGCUCGCCCCGCCCGGGCCACCUUGCACUGGAUGCAAGUGACCAUCCGGUGGGAUCGCUGCAGCGAUGGGGACGGCCACAGGCGCCGGCUACUUCCAGAGGGGCAGCUUGUUCUGGUUCACAGUCAUCACCGUCUCCUUCGGCUACUACACGUGGGCUGUCUUCUGGCCUCAGAGCAUCCCUUAUCAGAGCCUUGGGCCCCUGGGUCCCUUCACGAAGUAUUUGGUGGACCACUAUCACACCUUCCUAAGGAAUGGGUAUUGGCUUGCUUGGCUAAUUCAUGUGGGAGAGUCCUUGUAUGCCUUGGUUUUAUGCAAGCGUAAAGGAAUCACAGACGUCCAGGCCCAGCUCCUCUGGUUCCUACAGACUUUUCUGUUUGGUGUAGCCUCUCUCUCCAUCCUGAUUGCUUACAGAUCAAAGCGCCAAAAACACAAUUAAAAAAGAGAGAGCAAGUUUCUCUCCACCUCUUCAAGCCCUCCUUUCAGUGGGGCCCUGGGUACCAUGAUGGCCUCCCUGUCUUCUAGGCAGUGUCUGUCGAAGAACCUGCCUGAGACCCUCUGGUUACUAUUAUUUUGGUGCUCUGACUAACCUUGGAUAGAUCUUUCUUGUUUAAGAAAGAAAUAAGAAAGACCCUGCCCUUCCAGCUCUGCAGACCUCCUGCCUGAAGAUGGCCUCAGGCCACUUUCCUGAGGUCCUUAGCUGAGUCAUUUUCCUGCCUUUUGGCUAAAACACACUAGAUUUAUUUGUGGGUGCACCUAUGCUCUGUGUGGUGGUUUGAAUAUGCUUGGCCCAUGGGAAGUGGCACUACUAGGAGGUAUGUGGCCUUGUUAGAGGAAAUGGGUCGCUGUGGAGGCCAGAUUUUGAGGUCUCAUAUAUUUGCUCAAGUCUAGCCAGUGUGAAACGGUCUCCUUCCGCUGCCUUUAGAUCAAGAUGUAGAACUCUCAGCUCCUUUUCCGGAUCAUGUUCGCCUGGACACUGCCAUGCUUCCUACCAUGAUGAUAAUGGACUGAGCCUCCGAAAUUAUAAACCAGCCCCAAUUAAAUGUUCCCCUUUGUAAGAGUUCUCUUGAUCGUGAUGUCUCUUUACAACAAUGAAAUUCCUAAUUAAGACACUCACUCCCUGCUCUGACUAGCACCCCCUCCCCUCCUCCCCACUGAUAUCUUAGCUUCUACCCCCAAACUUUUUCUGGUUCUGGACCAAGAUAAAGUAAAACUUCCACAUAACAUCAGUUCCACAUGCAUCUGAGUUCUUUUGGUUUCUCCUGAACGUGCUAUUGGUAUUGGGGGUGGGGUAAGUGUGUUUAUUAAUUGGAAUUACCUGUUAGGUUUUUUUCUUCUCUUCCUCUCUCUGUAGUGUACCCUUGAUAUCCAUAAUGCUGAUAAAGCCUCAAAGGUGAAGCUACACCAGAAGGUGUACUCAGAACUCAGAGAAGUCCAACUUCCCUCCCUAACCCUCUCAGCUCAGUCCCACCCCACGCCCCAUAAUUUAGGGGAGGGGUUUAAAAUGUGUGUAACAGACAGGGCCUAAGGAGAUGGAAAAGACAAAAGGAACGUCACCUUUUAUAGACAAAAGUGGACAGAGGCUCUGUCAUAAAAUACCCUAGGUUGGUGUGGGUGUCCCUUCCUAGGAUUAUAAAGAAUCCCAUACACAGUGUCUUCUGUAGAGACAGCUGGUCAAAGUAUGAAAUAAAUGACUGUGGAUUGCGUGUCCUUGAACGGGACAUCUAUAUGACCUCCAAAGCUAAGGGAAAAUUAAGGCAGAGGGGACAGAGAGAAUGAAAGAGCCGUCCAUAGAUGUGAGGGCAAUCUGGUUUUAACAUCUGUCACCCCAUUGGUUGCCAGGGUUUAUAGCUUUCUAUUUCAACACUGUCUAUUUUACCACCUCUAACCGUAUAGAAUAAUAAACCCCCAAAUUAAAUACUCUCUUC